GGCCCUUUCUAGUCCUCCAUUGUGGCGGCCUCACCCUUUCAUUGCUCCUUCCGUUCGCUCUAUUUAGUGCUCUCUUUGCCUCAUCAUAAAUCCCGCCCACGUCCGCAUAUUCUCUUCAAAAGAGAUCAUUCUCUCUUCUUCUUGACCGUCGAGAGGGGACGGGAAAAGAAAGGAUCGCUUCCAUUCCCAUACCCUCACGGCUCUAUAAGUACACCGAGAACCCUAACGUCUUUGUAUUGUCUCUUUCUUCUCCGCCGAUCGGAAGUCGGACAGGAGAUGGGGGAGUGCUGCAACGAAGGUGGAGGAGGAGGGGUGUCGCAGUCGGCGCGGCCGCCGGCGCUGUUCAGCCCGGAAGCGGCGGUGGACCGCCGGUUCUUGAAGCGGGUGUUCGAUAACGUCCACGGGAACAUCUUGCUUGAUCCGCUGAGUUUGAAGUUCAUAGACACUGAACAGUUUCAGAGGCUACGGGAUCUAAAACAACUUGGUCUUGCAUCCAUGGUCUAUCCAGGAGCAGUACACACUCGAUUUGAACAUUCAUUAGGGGUUUUCUGGCUGGCUGGGCAGGCUGUUCAUUGUCUUCAAGCCUACCAAGGUUUGGAGCUUGAUAUAGAUCAUUUUGAUAUACAAACCGUCAAACUUGCAGGCCUUUUGCAUGACAUAGGCCAUGGACCAUUUAGUCACCUGUUUGAGCGGGAGUUUCUUCCGCGGGUCCUUCCAGGAUCGGAAUGGUCUCAUGAGCAAAUGUCGGUGCAGUUGGUGGACUAUAUAGUUGAUGAACACCACAUUGAAAUUGACUCUGACAGCCUUAGAAAAGUGAAAGAAAUGAUAACUGCCAGCUCUGAGACUGCCAUGGCAAGAAGUUCAAAAGAGAAGCAAUUUCUGUAUGAUAUUGUGGCUAAUGGUCGCAAUGGGAUAGAUGUUGACAAGUUUGAUUAUAUUAGCCGUGAUUGCCGGGCUUGUGGUCUUGGCUGCAAUUUCCAGUACCGGAGAUUGUUGGAAGCCAUGCGUGUUAUGGAUAAUGAAAUAUGCUAUCCAGCUAAAGAGUAUCUUACUAUCCACAAGUUAUUUGCAACACGUGCUGACCUUCACAGAACUGUCUAUACCCAUGCAAAAGUAAAGGCAAUAGAGCUUAUGCUUGUAGAUGCACUUCUAGCAGCAGACAGCUACUUAAAAAUAUCUUCUUUUACUCUUGACCCAUCUCAAUUUUGGAAGUUAGAUGAUACAAUACUAAAAACCAUUGAAACAGCUGACAAGAAACAGCUGAAGGAAUCUGGGGAUAUAAUCCGAAGAAUUCGUCGGAGGGAUUUGUAUCAGUUCUGUAAUGAGUAUGCUGUUCCAAAGGAUAAACUAGAAUACUUCAAGGAUGUGACUCCACGGGAUAUUAUUUGCUCACAGAAAGCUAAUGGAAUAGAACUAAAGGAAGAGGAUCUUGUUGUUAGCAAUGUCAGGAUUGAUUUGACUCGUGGAAGGGAUAACCCUCUUGGGAGCAUUAAUUUCUUUAAGGAUUAUGACAGUGAGAAGAAAUUUACAAUCUCAGAUGAUCACAUCAGCCACUUGUUGCCUGCAUCAUAUCAAGACAAGAUAGUGAGGGUGUAUGCCAAGAAACCUGAAUUGGUAGAGGCAGUAUCGGAGGCCUUUGAAAACUUCCAAUUGAAAACAUAUGGGGUCAAAACACAAGUACAUGAGACACCGGAGAAGAAGAAACGUCGCAAGUAAUGCAGUCCCGUCCAUUUACACGACAACCGUGAAGCUCCAUCUGCUUUAGAAACAUACUUGGUAAUAUUCACGCGUUUUGGGAACGCAAACUCAUUUGUAGUUUAUGGAUUUCGAAUUGCAUAAUGUUACAUGGGAACAUAAAAACAAGCAUUCGUCUUGGUAUUCCUAAUCAUCACCUGGACAACUUACACAAGCAU